UUAGCCACUGGCAGGUAGUCUGUUUCUAUUCAAACUGCUUCAACACUCUCGCUAAAAAGAUGGAUCUAAAAGUAGGGCUCUUGGUAUUAGUUGUCGUUUGCACGGCUAACGCGAAAUCCUUCGAAUCAAUUUUUAAGAGAAGUCCAUAUCCAAGACCAUGUCGACCAGAAUGCCCUGCGGCCCAUUGUUACCCUCGUUGUUUGUUUAGCUGUUGCACCACACCUGCCACACCUCCACCACCAGUACCAGGAACCCAUCCACCYUUCAUWACCCCUCCACCUCCUCAAGUCUUCCCAGGACCCAAAGGGUACCCAGGUGUUGUUGGACUUCCAGGAUGUGUUGGUCCAAAAGGCUGUAAUGGUAUGGCAGGACCCCCAGGACCUCCAGGACCCCCAGGACCACCAGGUCGAAAGUAAUUGGCUCAUAUUGCUUGCAGUAUGAGACGUUGGAGAUUCUAUAUAGAGCGAUUGUUUUAUUCUUUGUGACAUUUUAAAUUUCGAUAUUUUAAAUAAUAAAACUCUUUCUUGAA